GCUCAAAACCCAUUUCGCUGGUUUUCCUCCAGAAGAUACCUUCGGGGCCGGCUGUCUGCUGUCCCCUCCCAGGUUCCCCUGACGAACCCUCCCGUGGAGGAGGGCGCCCUGCUGAUGGCUCCUCCACAGGUCCUGUGUUCAGGCUCUGCUGGGCUCUGGCAGUUAGUCCCCGAUGCAGGAGCUGACAGCCCUGGGUUUGGGAUCACCCCACUCUGAUGUGGCUGGGCAGAGCUAAUAUCUUUACAGCUACAAAAUACUUCCAAUUUAUACCGCCCCCCACCACUCCCCCCUUUUAUUUUUUUUAACAGAAGUUCUCAAGUAUGUGCGAUAGAUUGUUUCAGGCUGGGCUAAGAGCAAAGCCAGAGGGAAGGGGAGAUUGCAAGGUACAAACCACACCUUCCAUCUGUUGGUUUUUCAGUGGUGCGGGGGCCGUGCUGCGUGUUGCCCCUUGCCGCACCCGCUGACAGCUUGCCUGCAGGCUGCCUGUCGAGCAUUCGGUGUUCCAGCAUCCUGCAGGGCUUAGGGAGUCCUCCACGCUGUGUUGACCCCUUCGACUUUUACGUGCACCUCACAUGAACGCAGGAGGUUGCUUGCUGUGACGUGUUGCUCCCUUUAUAUGUGCUCGCAGGCUUUCUUGCAGCAAUAGAAGCAAAAAAUAAAAAUAAAAUUUUGCACAUAUGGGAACAGGUUCCCCAAUAUCCAAACUUCAAUCCACACCUCAGUACAUGGCAUGGAAGAAAACACUGAAAGGCAGCCAGGAACAGAACAGGACUCGACAUUAUUUUGCUGAAAUAUUGUCUUAGUUCCUCUUUUUAUGAUUUCUUUCCAAUUUAAGCAGCUGAACUUAUCUUCUAGGUUAAAUCUGACUUUUUGCUCUCAACCAUGGAACAUGCUCUUUGUCAAGCUGAAAGGCCCUUGUUUGCUGGGCAAGUGCUGAAGACUUCUUUGCCUCAGUCAAACUGGAGAGGUCACAGGAGGUUCAGCAAUACAGGAGCCGCAGAUUGACCAGCUUUGCUGCUUCAGGAGACCACGCUGUGUGGUGUGGAUGUGCUUGCCCAUAAUCACAGCUUUCCCUUGUAACAGUACAUCCCAGUGCCACUGCUUCUGUGCUGGAUGGUGAAACAAAUUUAUUGUGGAGGAGAUGCUGGUGCUGGGGUCAGCCAGAAAGCACCGCAUUCACCUGUUGGAGCACUUCUUUGACUGCCACAUUAUUCUGAUGAGUCAAUAAAAUGCCAGCAUGUUUAUAAACAUGCAAGAGCCAUUUCCCUGCAUUAUGGUGAGCUCGAGAUACAGCCGGCCUCUGCCAGCAGCUGUAUGCCCAAGAGUGCCCUUCAUCUGUCGUUGCUUUUUGGUGGCUAGAGAGCUUCCUCUGUGCUGUCCUUUCCAUGGUUUUGCUGUUGAUAUGUUCAGGCUUGGUGAAGGCCAGCUUGGGGCUGUCACAGCCAUGUCGCAGAGACCUGCCACCCCCAGAGGAUGGAGACCCCCCACCUCCCAGUGACUUGUCCCAGCGCUGCAGUGUCCCUGGGGCCCUGAACCUCCCAACCCACAAAUCCUGACACCAUCUCUUCUUCUACCACCUGGGACUGCCACAGGCAGCCUGGUCAGCCCAGCUCUGCCACAUCCCCAUCUGUUUUUUCCACCUCUUGGUUUAUGUGGGCAGCCUGGAUCUGAGGCCGUAUUGCUGUUGUGUCCCCUGCAGGGUGUAACGGCCUCCCCCGGUGCCUUCCAGAAUCUCUUUCCCAACUGGCACCUUCAAAACCAAGCCCAGAGCCAGGCCAAGCCCAGGGCCCGGGUGCUGGUUGGUGGCCUGGAGCCUCCUCCAUGUCAGCAUCCGUGAUGGAGCCUCCUGCCCUGGUGGGCAGCCCUGCAGGGCAGCAGAGUGGAGGCCACGAGCCUGGACGCAUCCUGGCUGAGCUGUCAGCAGCCCUGGAGAACCCGGACAUCAAAGCCUUGGAGUGGGCUGAGGACGGGAGAGGUGUUGUCAUCCACGCCACGUUCUACGAAGAGGAGAUGGGGAGGUACAAGGAGCUCUUCCCAGCACUGAUGGACCUUGGCUCUGUCCCGGUACUGCAGGCCUGGCUGCUGGCCUAUGGUUUCAGACUCGAGGAGGCAAAGACCGACCUGCAUGCCCUUGUGCUGCAGCAUGCUGAUUUCCAGAGGGCGCAUCCCGCUGCCGUGGAGCCAGGCGGCCCCGGAGGUAAUGCUGGCUCCUCUGCCAAGAAGCAGAAGAAAAGCAAGAAAAGGAGAAGUAGGAGCAACCUGCAGCCAUGCAGAAAGGUCACAUCCCGGGACACACUGGGACGACUGCCUCGCCUGCGGCCCUUGUACCAGUACAUCAACUUCGACAUGCCGGAGCUGAUGUGCCCAUCAGAAGAAGGAGGUGAAACCCUAGGGCCCACAGGGACAGCAACUGGUCCAGAGCUGGAAGGAGAGCUCCAACAAGCAUUUGACUCCCAAGGUCAUCUGCCACUAACAAACUGGCUGAGCCAAGGAUUGAGAACUCAUCUUACUGACAGCCCUUUUGCAGCCUCUCUCAUGCAUAACCCACAAGAAACCUCGACCAGCAGCGUUCUGGAGAUCCCAGCCCCAGCACUGGAUGAGAAACCCAUGCAGGUUGACAUUGAGAAGAUGCCCAGCUGCACGGCCUACCUGGUGUCACCACUCUUUCCUUAGGAUAAAUAGCCUCACAGCUGUCUGCCUCCUGUUUGACCACUACAGCCUGGCCUGCAGGGUGGUGAUCAGCACCUUGCCCAUACAAACAACCGUGGUUUUUUUUUUGGUUUGAUUUGCCCCUUUUUUUUUUUUCCUGGUUGCAGAGACCAUGAUAUACCUGAGGAGGGGCAAGGGAAACACCACCACAAUUUUUAUAAUAAAAUAUACCUGCUUGGUGUUAGAAUGCGUCAUAAUUUCUUCCUUACGUAUGAAAAGCAGGAGCCAGGGGACCAGCUGUGUCCCGUGCUGUUGGAGAUGACCCUGCAUCACCACUUCUCAUCCCAGCAGACAGCAGAACAUGGCCCCAUC